AUGGUUGGUAAAAGGCUUGCGCAAUACCAUAACCUUACGGGUCGGGUCGCAGACUUCAAUGAUCUUGGUGCAAAAGGCCCUGUUAGUACACUUGCUGGUGGCCAAUACACUUUGAAUUUCACUGAUGAUUCUGGCACCGCGCACCUUGAUUCAGGAUGGAGCAAAACAAAAGUCACCAGCGCUGUACUCUCAACUGCUCCUUUUGCAAUAUAUCAAUUCGAUAAGGUCCUUCUUCCGGAGGCAAUCUUCGGCACUGGCAUACCUUCAACUCCUGCUCCAGCCCCGGCUUCUCAUAUUAGCCCAGCUGCAGAUACUCCAUCAGCAGAAUCCAAAGAAAGUGGUUCUUCACCCAAGUGUUCGCCUUCAAAUUCAUCAUCUCAUAGGAUUAUGAACUUUGGCAUUUGGAGUCAAAUGCUUUUGGCAGCCUUAGGUGGGAUGGCCCUGUUCUUCUAA